AGAAUACUUAAACACAUACAACAUUCGAGCAGAUUGAGCCCAGGACGACUCCUCACCUUCAAUUACGGUCCAGAGCAACGCAUACUCCGGGACGACCUAGACAACCUAUCGUCAUAUCUGCCAACGCAGACAAUAAGUCCCUCCAACCUACCCGUUCAUACCACUAGCCAUGCAGGGCAACGCGUUAUGCCUGAUGCUAACGGUGACAUGCGGACUCUCGUACCUGUUGUAUGGUUACGAUCAGGGGUUCAUGUCUGGCGUGCUAAUUGCGAACGGGUUCUUGAGAACGAUGGGAUACCCCAGCACAUUCAUGCAAGGCCUGGUCACCAGCAUUUACGAAAUCGGUUGCUUUGCUGGCUGUAUCAGCAGCAUGUCAUUCACCGAGAGACUUGGACGGAAGAAGCCUAUCUUCAUCGGCACAAUACUGGUAAUAAUCGGUGCGGUGCUGCAGACAACGUCGUACUCCUUGGCACAAUUCUUCGUCGGUCGAGUGGUCGCUGGACUUGGAACUGGCCUGAACACCUCUCUGAUCCCAGUAUGGCAAGCCGAGACGCUGCCAGCGAGUAAGCGUGAGCGCUUCGGCACAAUCCAGUAUCUCCUGGUCUGCACUGGCGCUUCCAUCUCAUACUGGAUGAACUACGCACUUAGCUUUGCAGGCGGUGAGCUUGAAUGGCGCUUCCCCAUCGCUGCGCAGAUCAUAUUUGCCCUUCUUCUGCUCGCAUUCCUCCCAUUCAUGCCCGAGAGCCCAAGAUGGCUAAUGGUGCAUCAACAUCCAGACCAAGCAUUGGCAGUUUUGAUGAAGAUGCACGGCACAUCCGACGCGCAAGACAAUGAGGUCCAGCUCGAAGUCUCUCUGAUCAACCAGGCAAUCGAACUCGAAGAUCUUGCCGGUGCCAACAAUUGGCGCAACUUAUUCACCAACCGCAAAGAUACACAGAACCUCCGUCGUCUCAUGCUGGGCUGGUGGCUGAUGGCCAUGGUCAUGCUCUCUGGCGUCUGCAGCAUUGGCUACUACAUCUCGUACCUUUUCGAGACGUCAGUCGGCCUGUCACACGAGCUGUCGCUGCUCCUGUCUGGCUUCAAUGGCCUCUGGUACCUCGUCUCCGCAAUACUCCCAUUUUUCGUCAUGCGCUACAUCGGCAAGCGGUGGUGCCUCAUCAUCGGUGCUUUUGGCAUGGGGUGCUGCUUCUUGACCAUGGCUUUGACCAUCCGAAAUGGAGGCUAUGCGGCGUCCAUGAUCUGUGUCAUUGCUUUCUUCUUGUACUAUACCUUCUUCGCGCUUGGUUAUCUCGCUGUACCUUGGCUCUACUGCGCUGAAAUCAUGCCGCUCCAUCUCCGCGCGAAAGGCAACGCCAUUACCACGAGUUCGAACUGGAUCUGGAACUUUAUUACCGUCAUGAUCACGCCCUCCACCAUGGGAACACAAGGCUGGAAGGGCUACCUAGUUUUCACAGUGUUCAACUUCACCUUCAUUCCAUUCAUCUACUUCUUCUAUCCGGAGACAUCGGGUCGUCGUCUCGAAGAGAUUGACGCGAUCUUCUACAAGACUAGCCCGAUCGUUGCAGGAACGCAGUGGGCGAAGCGAGGCAAUUUCGACGCGGGGGUGUUGGGACGUGUUCUUGCGGAGAAGCUAGACGAAGAGCCCACGAAGGGAAUCACUGAGCACGUGUCCAAGGUGGAGUGAGCAGGGUCGAAACGGUCGAAAGUGGACGCCAUCUUUACCAUGUCUGGAGCCUGAUGCACGUCUAAAAAGCCUGUGGUGACUGGCAAGCUGCGCAGAGACUUUGGGAUAUGCAGCUAAAGGUUGCAUCACCAAGUUGUCAGGCCGCAUUAGAAGCUGAAUGUGUAGAUGGGCAGUUCGAAAGGAGAACCUUUAUUGGUGUGUUUUCACCACCCGCUCGAACCGUUUGAUUGGGUGUUUAUUAGGAUCAAGGAUCAACGCAGA